AUGGACGAAGACGACGAAUUCGGAGAUCUCUACACCGAUGUCCUCCAGCCUUUCUCCAAGUCCGCUCUCCCGCCGCCACAGCCGCUGCUUCAGCUCCAGCCGAAACGGCCUUCUCCUCCGCCGCCGCCGCCCGCGUCGUCAUCCGUCGAUCUCAAUCCCGACGAUGAUGACGAGAUUCUGUACGGCGCAUCGGGGCGUGCUGAUCAAACCCUAGUGAAUUCCUCCCCCAAUUCGAGGCCCGAUGGGAAGCUCUCGGUCGUGGUCGGCGGCGGUUCCGAUUCAAGAUUGGGGAAUAAUAAGGGUUCUGAGGCGAGGGAGGUUUCAGCCGAUUUUCAAUCCGGGGAGCCGGAUAAUGAUGUCGAUUUUGAUAUCGAGGAAGGUGGGGAUGCUGGGGGUCUGCUCAUUCCCGGACUUGGGGUUGAUACGGUGGAGGACUCGAAGCAGAAUGGAGCGGCGGCGGGUGAUGAUGGCAUGGGUGGCAGCGGCCGAGGUUUUAAGGAGGGGGGAGGUGACGAGUGGGAAGAAGAAGACAGUGAUAGUGAAGACGAUUUGCAGAUAGUGUUGAACGAUAACGGGCCGAUGGGAAUGGAGAGAGGCAUGAUGGGCGAUGGAGAAGAAGACGAUGACGACGGCGACCCUUUGGUGAUUGUGGCAGAUGGAGCCCCGAACCAGGGAAUGGAGGAGCCGGAUUGGGGCGUCGGAGAUGAAGCGGCGGCUGCUGCUGGGGGAGAAGGAGGGGACAGGAAGGAAGGAGGAGAGGCAGCUGGGAAAGGAAAUGCAAUGGUGACUGGGGCGAAGAUUGGAUAUAACAAUCUCGGAUAUCAUCACACAUUUCAUUCCCCGUUUAAGUAUGUGAGACCAGGUGCAGCACCAACGCCAGGUGCUAUAACUGGUCCUUCUGGAGCACCUGGUCAGCUUCGCCCUCCGAUCAACUUAGUUUCUAUGCCAGGUCGGGGCAGAGGUGAUUGGCGACCAAUGGGUAAUAAAAGUGGCCCUCCAAUGCAAAAGGGCUUUCCGGGUUAUGGUGGAUGGGGCAACAACAUGGGUGGGCGUGGUUUUGGUGGAGGACUGGACUUCACUCUUCCUUCUCACAAGACGAUAUUUGACGUUGACAUUGACAACUUUGAGGAAAAGCCUUGGAAAUAUCCGGGUGUUGAUAUAACAGACUUCUUCAACUUUGGGUUAAAUGAAGAAAGCUGGAAAGAUUAUUGCAGACAGCUGGAACAACAUCGGUUAGAGACUACCAUGCAAAGCAAAAUCCGUGUUUAUGAAAGCGGGAGGGUUGAGCAGGAAUUUGAUCCUGAUUUACCCCCAGAAUUAGCGGCAGCAACUGGCGGCCAUGAUGUUUCAGCUGACAAUUCAAAUAUUGGAAAGACAGAUUUGGCCCAAAGUGACUUAGCAAAAGGAUCUGCUCGUGCUCGGCCACCUAUACCAACUGGUAGGCCAAUACAAGUUGAAACCGGUUUUGGUGAGCGCCAACCCUCCAUUGACACCCGGCCCCCUCGUCUUCGUGAUUCUGAUGCAAUCAUUGAGAUUCAACUGCAGGGCUCACUAGAAGAUGAUUCAUCCUCAGGAAAUGAUGCUGGAGAUGGGGAGAAUCCAGGAGGCAACAACAGAGGUAGUCGGGUGCCUGAUGACCAUGAGGUGACAGCGCCAAAAGCAGAAGACGAUUUUGAUGAUCUCUUGCAUGCUCAUCCCAAUAUAAAAGGUGCAAGAAAGGCUCCAUAUGGUGAUAAGGACACUGAUAGAGAUGGACCUCGUGCCUCUCAAUCUGACACACCUAGUCGAUAUCGUCCCAGUUCUAGGGGCCACGCUCCUAUCUAUCCUGGUGGAGAUGUGGGCACUUCUUAUGAGGAGAGGCGGAAACAAAGAACGGAUGAUAGAUCCCCUCUUUUGAAUUCUACUAGAAGUGCAGACGAAGAGUCGGUUGAAAGCAUGGGUGGCGACGGCAGGCAUAGUAGUCAGCAGUUAUCGUCUCCCAUCAAUGGCAGGGAUGUAAGAGAGUUGAGCGUUGAGGACAAGGAUGCUGAUGAUGGUGUGGGUGUGGGUGACUCCUUACCAGCUGCAGGAAGCCCUGGAAUAGCUAACGAUGAAAGUAGGCCAAAUGACGUUGUUAAAGAUAGAAGUAAAUAUCAUUCCAAAAAGAAACAGAGAGUGGAGCGUGCCUCUAGUGAGAUACCACUCCAAGAAGCCGAUGCUCGGGAGGAGGACUCGAAAGCUGCUAGGAGCAGUGAAAACAGUAAAGCAAAGUCCAGUGGUAGUAGCAAAGACUAUCAUCAGAAAUGGCAGGAUGGUGUUGACGAGGAAGUUGCUCAAGGUGGCGGGAGAUCUACAUCUACACGGUCUGGCAGCAUCAGGAGGCAUCCUAAAGACAUGGAUGGAAGACAAGAUAAAGAAAGAAGUCGUGCUUUGAGUAAAAGCAGGGAAGGGUCCUAUACUCGUAGAGACUUGGAUCCUAGCAUUGUAGACCAUCACUUGCAGUCCAAAGGCGAGGGCUAUUAUCGUAGAAAGGAUCGAGAUAAUCUCGAUGGAGCAUGGCAACAACGGAGAGAGGAAGACUCGAGUCUUCAUAGCAGGAAGACUAAACCCGAAGAGAUGAAGAAAAGGGAACAUGGAGAUGAAAUGGGAUCAUCCAGGAACAAGAAGGUUCGAGAAACGGAGAGGAGUGAGAAAGAUGAACAUUUGAUCUCGAGGAAGCAACUGGAUAAUGGCAACUACAGAGCUCAUUAUGAUACUAAGGAUGGCGGCGGGACUAGGCACAGGGGAAGAGAAAAUACUGUGAAGCAUAGAUAUGAAAUUUCGGAGGAUUACCAUAGCAAACGAAGGAAGGAUGAGGAAUACAUAAGAGAAGAGAUGCUGCAUGCCCACAGAGAAAGCAGUAGUAGCCAUAGAAGAAGGGAGAGAGAUGAUCAGCAGAGAAUCCCCCGGGAUUCCAUUGAAGAUUACCAUUCAUCUAGUAGGCAUAAUAAGGAUGAGGCAUGGCUCUCACGAGAGAGGAGUGAUAGACCGAGGGAAAGAGAAGAGUUAUUGUAUAGACCAAAACAAUCUACCCACGAAGAGCAUUUUUCAAAAAGAGAGAGGGAUGAUGGGGGGCGAGGUUCUGUGACUGUGAGGAGUGGCCGGGGGAGUGAUGAGAAAGCAUGGAUUGGCAAUGCUCGAGGGAAAGACGAGUACUUUGCUAAAGAUGCUGUUCGGAAUAGUGAACAGUCAAAGAAGAGGGAACGGGUGGAAGAUGUACGAGGAGGAAACCAAGUUAAUAAUAAGGACAGAAGAUCAUCGAGGCAUGAGAAGGAGAAGUCGAGUGCUCGAACAGAACGUGCUGUUGAUAAUCCUGAUACAAAGAGAUCAUCAGACAAAAAGCCUAAAGAAGGGAUCAGGAAGCUCAAGGAACCGGAGGGUGGAGAUCAUGGGUCACUGGGAUCUUCCAUGAGAAACCGAGAAGACAAGACUAGUCAAGCUAAUAACUCGGAGGUGAAUGGUGGCAAUGAUUGCCAAAAUGAGAACAAUCAGAAUCCAGUGCAACGGAACUCCUCAAAAGGAAAUAAAGAAGAUGCAUCAUCAGAUGAGGAACAACCGGACUCUAAAAAGGGACGCUCAAAACUGGAACGAUGGGCAAGUCACAAAGAGAAGGAGUUCAACACGAACAACAAGUCUGCACCAUCUGCGAAAUCAAAAAACGGAGAUAGGAACGACAAUGGCUUGCCCUCUGAGAGAGUUCAGUCCGUCGAAAAGCAGCACGCAGUCGUGGAAGAUAAGGAUGGCGGCUGCGAGAAUACAGAGAACAAAGAUGGAGACAAGAAGCAGUUAGACGACCGCCACCUGGAAACAGUCGAGAAGUUGAAGAAAAGGAGUGAGCGGUUCAAGCUCCCUCUGCCUGUUGAAAAAGAUGGGUCGACAGGCAAGAAAAUAGAGACCCCUGAGGCAGUGCGGCCAGUGCCUCCAGUUAAUAAAAUCGAGCCGGUUGCUGAUGCAGAGGUCAAACCUGAGCGUCCUGCUCGGAGAAGAAGGUGGGUAGGGAACUAG